GUACUCUGUCUACUUUCAGUGUCGCAGCAGGGGAGGGCACGCUGCACUCAGAGAGGAAACAAAAGACAGAAGCAGACCUCUGCGCAGCUUUAUUUAUAUAUUGGGUCACUGAAAGACAGAGCUGCAGAGAGUCGGAUACAUGCAUUAGAAGAUGCAGCAAAGUUUGGAUACUUUUCUCUGCGUGUUACACUCUAGGGAAUAUACCGCAGGAGGGGAAUAAAAGAACAGCAAAAACCACAAUUGAGCAACUUUUUUGAGAAAAGCAAACAUUGUGGUUUUUCAAUGACUCGGCUGAGGAUCACAGAACCCACUAUGGCAAAAAACACCUCGACAUCGCCAUCCACGACCACCUCCCAGUCUCCGAACAGCUCCCUUUUUCUCAGCGAGAUGAACUUGCCGACCCAACCAACGUGUGUGGAUUACGACGCUCUUCAGAGCCCAUUGGCAGUGCUGUACUCUAUAAUCUUCAUCCUGGGACUCGUUGGGAACCUCGUGGCUCUGUGGGUUUUCUUCUGUGUUCACUCGAAGAAGAACUCUGUGCGGGUGUUUCUCAUUAACGUGGCGUUCGCAGACCUGCUCCUAGUGGUUUGUCUGCCCUUCAGGAUCCUCUACCACAGCAGGGGGAAUGUGUGGAGCCUGGACCCCACCCUGUGUAAAGUGGUGGGAAACCUCUUCUACAUGAACAUGUAUAUCAGCAUCACACUGCUCGGUCUGAUCAGUGUGGAUAGAUACCUGAAGAUCCAUCGAGGAGCUGGGGUGCAGCACAGGCUGCGGUCCACCAGGUGGAGCUCUAUUAUCUGUGCGGUCCUUUGGAUCAUGGCCUCCGCUUUGACUCUGACAGUCCUGAUGUCAAAGAAUCACUUGCAACAUGAAAGAUGUUUCCACUACAAGACGCUCCUUAAAACGAAGUGGAAAGCGUACAUCAACAUCGCCCUGCUGGCCUUCUUCUGGCUCAUCUUCGUCUCGCUCGUCAUGUCUUAUGGAAAAAUCGCUCUCAAACUCCUGAGAACUUCGCAGGACAAACCGGACCUGCCAAACGCUCAGCACUAUGCCCGAUCUGCCAGGAAAUCCUUCUUCAUCCUCUUCCUCUUCACCGUCUGCUUCGUCCCCUAUCACAUGGUCCGAGUGUUUUACAUCAGAACACAGAUCACAGACACUUCCUGUUUCUGGAGGGGCGUGGCCGAUAAAGCCAACGAGGUGGCUUUGUUGUUUUCUGCUCUGAACAGCUGCCUGGACCCUGUCAUGUACUUCCUGUUGUCCUCCUCAGUGAGGAAGGAGGUGCUGCGUUUGGUGAGCAGUGUGUUUCGAGUGAGAGAUGUUUCUGGAGUGAGCGGGAGCAGCUCGACAGCCGACAUGGACGGUAAGAGGACCGACAGAGGACAGACAAACCGCUGCUUAGUCAGCAGCGGUUGGAAGGAGAAGGAGGUGACUGAAACCAGCCUCGCAGGGCUUUGAAGAGACUUUGAGACAAUUAACCUCCAUCUUUGUACGUUACCAUGACGCCAAGCAAAACGCAGACAACGGAGCAGCAACAAGAAGAGCGAACGAAAAACAUUACAAUACUUAACGAUACAUCUGCAGAUACCUACAAGCAUGCAUCUAUAUAAAAAACUUUUUACAGAACAUAUAAGAAAAAUAAAGCGUAAGUUGAUUUAGAAAUGGUGUCAUUAGAACAUUUGUCCUGCAGAGUGUGCACUUAAACUGGUUGACAAUGGAUAAUAAUGUUAAAUAUUCUUUAAUAAAGUGAUUUGUUUAAGCAUGCAGCCUUCUCAGUGACCUUUGCACAUUCCUACAUGUGAACAAUCCACAAAGGUGGUCAAAAAUGUGCAAUACUUUUUUGAUACUAAAAUAUCAAACAGCACGCACAUCUGAAAAGUUGAGUACUGAAUGCAGGACAAAAAAACAUCCAAAGACAGAGAAAGACAAUCUGAUGAAGGGCGAGGACCCGAAACGUGGUGAUUAUUCUUGUUAGAAUUUAAUUGGAACGACUUCUCCAUAUUUUUUUGAUACCACAAGUUGUUUUUGAAGCUCUUAUUGGGUAGGACAGCUGAAGGGUGAAAGUAAAUGUUUGGAUGGCAUGCAGCAAAGGGCUGUGGUCGGAUAUGAACCCACAGCUGCUGUGACGAGGACUAUCUCCAUGGGGCGUGACAUAACCACCAGGCAACCAGCGCUACAAACUACAGCAGAGGUCAAAUACCUCCAAGAAAAAUGACAUCUUUUUCAUAAGACAGGUGCAGAAGAGAGGAGUGAAUCCAUCAAAUAACUGCAGGAAAACUCUUGCACGGCAUCUAAAUUGCACAAAUAAUUUGCAAUGUUUCGGUACUUGUACAAUUCACACAGUUCCCAGUAAGUAUAUAUUUAUAGCAUCCCAUUAAUCCAGCCAUAUAUACCUAAUAAUUCACUUUUUUUAGUCUACAUCUAUAAAUUAUGUAAUUACUUGUACAUAGCACAGAUUCUUGCACUUUCUGCUUAUUUGCACUUCUGGUGAGAUGCCAAACCUCAUUUCGUUACUCUAUACUUGUAUAUGUGUAAUGACAAUAAAGUUGAAUCUCAUCUCA